AUGGAAACGGGAAGGACCGUGCCUGCAGGUGAGGACGACGACUACACCAUCUGGCUGGCGCACUCCAGCGACCCCCGCGACCCCACGGACGGCUGCAUCCUGGGCUACAAGGAGGAAUUCCGGCGCCUACGCAAAUCCUCCGUCUGUCAGAACGGCCGCGAUUACGCCGUCAGCGCGCAGCCCUCCGUCUGCCCCUGCACCCUGCACGACUUCCUCUGCGAUUUCGGCUAUUACCGCCCUGAGAACCAGUCUGUGUGCGUGGAGCAGCCCGAGCUGAAGGGCCACGACUUGGAGUUCUGCCUCUACGGCCGCCGCGAGCUGCUGCGCACCAGCGGGUACCGCAAGAUUCCCGGGGACAAAUGCAGGGGAGGGGAGAACCCCAGCAGGGAGGAGACGGACAUGAAGAAGAAAUGCACCAGCACUCUGCUGAGCCCCGGGCAGCUGGCGGCGUCCCCCAGCCCCACACCUAUCGUGCUGGCCGUGGUGGCCGUGCUGCUCGUUAGUGCCGUGGCUGCAGUGCUGCUCGUCAAGAAAUACGUCUGCGGUGGGAGGUGGGUCCCAGCUGGGAGCUUUGUCCCUUUGGGGUCCCUGUGACUCUGUGGGUUCCUGGUGGGUUUGUGGGACCCCCAUGGUUGGAGGGUCCUCAUGGAACCUCUCAAUGGGUUUGGGGUCCCCAUGGCUUUAGGGGGUCCCCGUGGUCCCUAUGACUGGGAGGGCCUUGUGGUACCCAUGGGAUCUUCCCAUGGCAGAGGGGUCUGUAUGACUUGGGGACACCCCACAGCUUUGUGGUCCCUAUAGCUUUGUGGGGUUCCUCUGGCUCUAUGUGAUUCCCAUGGCACCAGGGUCCCUAUGGCUGGGGAUUUCUGUGUUCCCCACGGGGUCUCUGUGACUUUUUGGGUGCCCAUGGCUUUGGGUUCCCCAUGGCUUUUUUGGGGGUUCCUCUGACUCGGAGAUCUUCACAACGUUAUGGAGUCCCCAUGGGUUCCCUGUGGCUUUGUGGAGUCCCUGUGACCAGGAGGGACCCUCGUGGUUCUGUGGGGUCUCCGUAGCUUUAUGGGGUCCCUGUGGUUCCCCACAGCUUUGAGAUUCCCAUGGCCUUAUGGAGUCCUCAUGGCUUCGGUGUCCCCAUGGG